AUGAAGCUUCCCCAAGGUCUCACAGUUGCUUCAUCUUCUGCUUCAUCUUCUAAAUUUACUUCUCCUUUGGUUUGUAAGUUGCAAAAGUCCCUUUAUGGCUUAAAACAAGCCUCUAGGCAAUGGUAUGCUAAGUUGUCACAAGCACUUUACGCUAGAGGUUACACACAUUCUUUAAAUGAUUACUCUCUUUUCAUCAAAAGGUCCGAUUCAUCUACUGUGUUUCUUGCUAUCUAUGUGGAUGAUAUUAUCCUUACUGGGGAUGAUCCUAAAGAGAUCAAUGCUCUCAAAAUAUUUUUAGAUGAUCAGUUUAAAAUUAAAGACUUAGGAUUACUUAACUAUUUUCUGGGAAUUGAGUUGUUAUAUGUUGAUUUUGGGGUACUUCUUCAUCAAAGAAAAUUUGUUUCGGAGUUAGUUGCUGAAUAUGGCUGUUCUGAUGCUUCUGCUGUUUCUUCCCCACUUGAGUUAUGUGUUAAACUCAAGUCUGAUGUUGGGGUCUUGCUGCCCAACCCUGAGUCUUAUAGAAGUUUAGUUGGAAAAUUGAAUUUCCUCACUCAUACUAGGCCGGAUUUAUGUUUUGCUGUGCAACACUUGAGUCAACUUCUUAAAUCACCUCGUCUGCCCCAUAUGACUGCUGCAUUACAUGUUCUAAGGUAUUUGAAAGGUACACCUGAUGUUGGAGUUCACCUCAAUGGUUCUUCUGAUUUUUCUGUACAAGCCUUUUGUGACAGUGAUUGGGCUUCUUGUUCUGAUUCGCGGAGAUCAGUUUCUGGUUAUUGUGUGUUUUUAGGGGGUAGUUUGAUUAGCUGGAAAUCUAAGAAACAAGCCGUCGUCUGCUUGUCUUCUGCUGAAGCAGAAUACCGGGCCAUGAGUAAAGUGGUGGCCGAACUGGUCUGGUUGGUUCGUUUGUUAGCAGAUUUGGGUAUGCCUUUGUCCAGCUCUAUUCCUGUUUUCUGUGAUAGCUUGGCUGCCCUUCACAUCGCUAAAAAUCCUGUUUUCUAUGAGCGCACGAAACAUAUUGAAGUUGAUUAUCACUUCAUCCGCACUAAGUUGGCAGAUGGCCUUAUUUCUUUACAUCAUGUUCCUACCUCUUCUCAGCUUGCUGACAUCUUUACUAAGUGUUUGACAGGUGCACAUCACAGGUUAUUGCUUGGCAAGUUGGGCGUGUUACCACCCUCCAACUUGGGAGGGGGGUGGAUUUGGGCCUGA